AUGAAGCGUAGCAAGCAUCGAGCCUCCAAGGAUGAUGGCAAAGGUCAAGAUGAGCCGGCCAUCCUAGAGACGGAGGAUAUGAGGAUGCCAGACCCGGACACCAUCUCACUCGCAUCCGUCACUGCCGUCACAACCAAUAUCUCCAAUAAGAGAUCAAAGCCUGACAUCAAGAUUGAGCCUAGUGCCGGAAGACCAGUUGAUUUCCAAGUCAGUGUCACUGUGAUUGAGGCCAGACAGCUGGUGGGUCUGAACAUGGAUCCAGUGGUGUGUGUAGAAAUUGGUGAUGAAAAAAAAUACACCUCAAUGAAGGAGUCGACCAACUGCCCUUACUACAAUGAGUACUUCGUUUUUGACUUCCACGUUCCUCCUGAUGUCAUGUUUGACAAGAUCCUGAAAGUGUCAGUUAUCCACUCUAAGAAUCUUUUGCGAAGUGGCACGCUGGUCGGGAGCUUCAAGCUUGACGUGGGCACAGUUUAUACACAACCUGAACAUCAGUUCUUCCACAAAUGGGCCACUUUAUGUGACCCCGAUGACAUCACUGCAGGAUGCAAAGGCUAUGUCAAGUGUGACGUCGCAGUUGUUAAAAAGGGCGACACUCUGAAAACUCCACACAAAACAAAUGAAACGGAUGAGGAUGACAUCGAGGGUAAUCUUCUGUUGCCGGAUGACGUCCCAGCUGAGCGUCAAUGGGCAAAAUUCUAUGUGAAAAUCUACCGAGCUGAGGGGUUGCCCAAAAUGAACACCAGCAUUAUGGCAAACGUCAAAAAAGCCUUCAUUGGAGAAAAUAAGGACUUGGUUGAUCCGUAUGUCCAGGUGCAAUUUGCAGGACAGAAGGGAAAAACUUCAAUUCAGAAGAGCAGCUAUGAGCCGAUCUGGAAUGAGCAGAUCGUUUUCACAGAGCAGUUUCCACCUCUGUGCCAGAGAAUGAAAGUCCAGAUCCGCGAUUCGGAUAAAGUGAACGAUGUGGCCAUCGGAACGCACUUCAUUGACCUGCGGAAGAUUGCUAAUGAUGGAGACAAAGGCUUUCUUCCGACUCUUGGGCCGGCUUGGGCCAACAUGUACGGCUCCACACGCAGCUACACGCUCAUGGACGAGUACCAGGACCUGAAUGAAGGACUAGGGGAAGGGGUUUCGUUCAGGGCCCGGCUGCUGAUCAGUCUGGCUGUGGAGAUACUGGAUACCUCCUCUGCUGAAGUAAUGUGCUCCACUGAGGUGCAGGUGGAGGGAGUUCCCAACAUCUCAGAUAAUGCCACUGGAAAAAUUGAGGAGUUCUUUCUCUUUGGAUGUUUCCUUGAGGCCACUAUGAUUGACAGGAAGAUUGGAGACAAACCCAUCAACUUUGAGGUUACAAUAGGAAACUAUGGCAGUGAACUCGAUACUCCAACCAAGCCAAAAACAAAGAAGAGGAAGGGUGGCGAUGACGAGGAGUCUGAGCUCAUUCACGGCUCUAGUGACGAGGAGGUGGAUGAUGGUGGAGAUAUGACCUCAGUUUCCAGCACUCCUCCAAUGAAGCCAGUCAUCACUGACAGAAACUAUUUCCACCUCCCGUACUUUGAGAGGAAGCCCUGCAUUUUUAUCAAGAGCUGGUGGCAGGACCAAAGAAGACGACUUUAUAAUGCAAACAUCAUGGACAGAAUUGCAGAUAAAUUGGAAGAAGGGUUAAACGAUGUGCAGGAGAUCAUUAAAACAGAGAAAGCCUAUCCUGAGCGCAGACUCAGAGGAGUCCUGGAGGAACUCAGCAUUGGCUGCAGUACCUUUGUAACUUUAGCAAACAAUGAUCAGAAUCAGACUGGGAAGACUAAACUGGACCGGGAGAGACUGAAAUUAUGCAUGCAGGAAUUGGAAAACAUGGGCCAGCAAGCAAAGAAUAUGCGAUCCCAAGUAAAGAAAAGCAACGUGAAAGACAAAAUAAAACUGGCACAAAACUUCCUCCACAAGCUGAGAUUCUUUUCUGAUGAGCCUCAGCAUAGUGUUCCAGAUAUUUACAUAUGGAUGAUAAGCAACAACAAGCGCAUUGCAUAUGCCCGCGUUCCCUCCAAAGACAUCCUCUUCUCUUCUGUAGAGGAAGAAACCGGAAAGGACUGUGGGAAAGUCCAGACCACCUUUUUCAAGCUCCCUGGUAAGAAAAGCUUUGGACCUGCAGGCUGGACCGUUCAGGCUAAAACUGAGCUGUAUCUGUGGCUCGGCUUGAACAGGCAGCGUAAGGACUACUUGAGCGGCCUACCAAAUGGGUUUGAGGAGAACAAGGCAGUAAAAGGGCCUGGCAUACAGUCCUCACCCCCUAUAAGCCUGAUGUACACCAUGAAGCAGAUCUUCCAGCUGAGGGUUCACAUGUAUCAGGCUCGCAGUCUGUUUGCGGCCGACAGCACGGGCCUGUCAGACCCUUUUGCCAGGGUAUUUUUUUCUACUCACAGCCAGGUCACAGAGGUCCUGAAUGAGACGUUGUGUCCUACAUGGGAUCAGCUGCUGGUGUUUGAUAAUGUGGAGCUCUAUGGUGAGGCUGGUGAACUGAGGGAUGAUCCUCCUAUAAUCGUCAUCGAGAUCUAUGAUCAGGACACUGUCGGAAAAGCCGAUUUCAUGGGUAGGACAUUCGCUAAACCUAUAACCAAGAUGUCAGAUGAGCAUUAUGGGCCGCCACGCUUCCCUCCUCAACUGGAGUACUACCAGAUCUACCGGGGAAACGGCACUGCAGGAGAAAUGCUGGCGGCCUUUGAGCUGCUGCAGAUUGGACCAGCUGGAAAGGCCGACCUGCCCCCAAUAGAUGGACCUUCAGAUAUCGAUCGUGGUCCAAUCCUGCCUGUUCCUAUUGGCAUAAGACCUGUCUUGAGUAAAUACCGAAUUGAGGUUCUCUUCUGGGGCCUGAGGGACUUGAAGCGGGUGAAUCUGGCUCAAGUAGACCACCCCCGUGUGGACAUCGAGUGUGCAGGGAAAAGCAUUCAAUCAGCGCUAAUUCAGAACUACAAGAAAAACCCCAACUUCAGCACUCUGGUGAAGUGGUUUGAAGUGGACCUGCCUGAGAACGAGCUCCUCCAUCCUCCUCUGAACAUCCGUGUGGUGGACUGCCGGGCGUUUGGUCGUUACACACUAGUCGGCUCUAAUGCUGUCACAUCUCUACGCAAAUUCAUUUACAGGCCAUCGGACAAAAGUGUCAGUAACUGGUCUGCCAUGGAGGAGGUUGUGAUCCACACAGUGCCAGAGCCAGCUGUGAAGAAGACUGAGACAGUGGUCAAACUCGACUCAGCAUCUGAUGCUGUGGUUAAAGUCGAUAUGCCAGAUGAUGAGAAAGGUGGGAAAGGGAAAAAGAAGCGGAAGAAGGGUGAAGAGGUGGAAGAGGAGGAGCUGGAUGAAAGCAUGCUGGACUGGUGGUCCAAAUACUUUGCCUCGAUUGAAACACUGAAAGAGAUCAUUAAAGCUCAGGAAGCAGAAGCUGAAGAAAGGGAAAAUUUUGACUCUGGAGAGGGGACCAAGAAGAAGAAGAGAGGAAAGGGGAACAAGAACAAAGCCACGCCUGGGGAGGGAGCACCAGAGAAGAAGAAGCACAAAAUCGAAGAGUUGAAGAUGUUCAACAGAGAGCUUGAAUAUCAGUUUGACAGCUUUGAAGAUUGGCUUCACACUUUCAACCUUUAUCGAGGCAAGUGUUCGGAUGAUGCUAAUGUUGAGCAGAAUGCAGCUGAUGAAGACAGACUCAUUGGCAAAUUCAAGGGAUCCCUGUGCAUCUACAAAGUCCCAGUGUUUGAUGAGGUGUCCAGAGAAAUGGGCUUUGAUUCCAACAUGGGCAUGUUCCAGAACAUCCCACACAACGACCCCGUUAACAUCCUCGUCCGAGUCUAUGUGGUCAGGGCAACAGAACUGCAUCCUGCAGACAUCAAUGGGAAGGCCGACCCAUAUAUCGCCAUCAAGCUCGGAAAGACAGAGAUCAAAGACAAAGAGAACUACAUCUCUAAACAACUCAACCCUUUGUUUGGAAAGUCUUUUGAUAUUGAAGCGACGCUCCCAAUGGAUUCCACCCUCACCGUGUCCAUCUACGACUGGGAUUUGGUGGGAACCGAUGACCUGAUUGGGGAGACCAAGAUUGACUUGGAGAACCGUUUCUACAGCAAGCACAGGCCAACCUGUGGUCUCAGCGCCAGCUACGCUAUCCAACAAUACAUUGUAUGGGUCAAAAUUAUCGAUUUUUCUUUUAUGCCAAAAAUCAUUAGGAUAUUAAGUAAAGAUCAGUACGGCCCAGGGGGACGAGUGAAAGUGGCGAACAGAGUUUACACGGGACCGACUGAAAUUGAGGAUGAAAGUGCACUGAAGAAACAGACGGAUGAGCACCUGGCUCUUGCUGUACUAAACCGCUGGGAAGAUAUUCCACAGAUCGGCUGCAAACUCGUCCCAGAGCACGUGGAGACGAGGCCUCUCCUGAAUCCGGAUAAACCUGGGAUGGAGCAGGGAAGGAUUGAGUUGUGGGUGGACAUGUUCCCGAAGGACAUGCCUGCGCCUGGACCCGCUCUCGAUAUUUCACCAAGGAAGCCAAAGAAAUUUGAGCUCAGGGUGAUCGUGUGGAACACAGACGAAGUCGUUCUGGAAGACGAUGACAUUUUCACAGGGGAAAAAUCCAGUGACAUAUUUGUUAGAGGAUGGCUGAAAGGUCAACAAGAAGACAAGCAGGACACAGACGUCCACUAUCACUCUCUGACCGGAGAGGGCAAUUUCAACUGGCGCUUCAUUUACCCCUUCGACUACCUACAGGCCGAAGAGAAAAUCGUCAUCUCAAAGAAAGAGUCCAUGUUUUCUUGGGAUGAGACUGAGUAUAAAAUUCCUGCCCGACUGAAUUUGCAAGUGUGGGAUGCGGAUCACUUCUCUGCAGACGACUUCCUGGGUGCAAUUGAACUAGACCUGAAUCGAUUUCCUCGUGGUGCGAAGACAGCGAAGCAGUGCUCCAUUGACAUGGUGAUUAACGAGCAAGACAUGCCCAUGGUCAACAUCUUCAAACAGAAGAGAAUUAAAGGCUGGUGGCCAUUUGUGGCACGAGAUGAAAACGACGAGUUGGAAAUUACAGGGAAAGUAGAAGCAGAGCUUCACAUGCUGACAGGUGAGGAGGCCGAGAAGAGUCCUGUUGGUGAAGGACGCAAUGAACCAGAGCCUCUGGAGAAACCAAACCGCCCCGACACUACAUUCCUGUGGUUCCUUAGCCCGCUAAAGGCAAUCCACCAUCUCAUCUGCAAACAGUACAAGUGGCUGGUCAUCAAAAUUGUGUUGGCGCUGAUGCUUCUUGCCAUUCUGGCCCUGUUCCUCUACAGUAUGCCUGGCUAUAUGGCCAAGAAACUCCUGGGAGUCUGAGAGAUUCAAUCAG